CUGGUAGUAGUGGUAGAGCUGAGAGCUCCAGCUAACAACCUUGUGUCCGCUGGCUUGGCUGCUUCUCUCUUCUCCCUCCUCCUCCAUUGCUUCCACUGCAUGUGCGUCGUCCUUCAUCAUACCCCGAUCAAGAAAAAAAGGCUAGCUAGCUAACCAAGUCCAGGUGAUAUAUCGAUCUCCAGCGAGCUAGCUAGCAAGGCUGCGCAUGCCGUCGUCGUCGUCCAUGGGCAUGGGCAUGGGCAAGGCGGCGGUGGUGAGCAAGAGCUGGCAGGAGUCGAAGCUGCUGUGGCACAUCGCGUUCCCGGCCAUCCUGACCGCCGUCUUCCAGUUCUCCAUCGGCUUCGUCACCGUGGGCUUCGUGGGCCACAUCGGCUCCGUGGAGCUCGCCGCCGUCACCGUCGUCGAGAACGUCAUCGAGGGCUUCGCCUACGGGGUCCUGCUGGGCAUGGGCAGCGCGCUGGAGACGCUGUGCGGGCAGGCGGUGGGGGCGGGGCAGGUGGGGAUGCUGGGCGUGUACAUCCAGCGCUCCUGGAUCAUCUGCGGCGCCACGGCGGUGCUGCUCACGCCGACGUACCUGUUCACGGCGCCCAUCCUGCGCGCGCUGCGGCAGCCGGCCGACGUGGCGCGCGUCGCGGGCGCCUACUGCCGCUGGGUGCUCCCGCAGCUGUUCGCCUACGCCGCCAACUUCCCGCUGCAGAAGUUCUUCCAGGCGCAGAGCCGGGUGUGGGUGGUCACCGCCAUCUCGGGCGCCGCCCUGGCGCUCCACGUCGCCCUCAACUACGUCUUCGUCGCGCGCAUGGGCCACGGCCUCCCCGCCGCCGCCGCCGUCGGGAACGUCACCUGGUGGCUCGUCAUCGCCGCGCAGGUGGCGUACCUCCUGUCUGGGCGAUUCGAGGACGCAUGGCGAGGGUUCUCUAGGCUCGCGUUCGCCAACCUCGCCGCCUUCGUCAAGCUGUCGCUCGCGUCCGCCGUCAUGCUCUGCUUGGAGCUCUGGUACUACACUGCGGUGCUCAUCCUUGUAGGGUUCCUGAAGAACGCGCGGCUUCAGAUUGACGUCAUGUCCAUCUGCAUCAAUUACCAGCUGUGGACGCUCAUGGUUGCGCUGGGCUUCAACGCAGCGGUGAGCGUCCGGGUGUCCAACGAGCUGGGCGCCAACAGGCCCAAGGCGGCCAAGUUCGCGGUGACCGUGGCGGUGCUGACGUCGGGCUCCGUCGGCGCCGUCUUCCUCGCCGUGUUCCUGGCCUGGAGGACGGGGCUGCCGCGCUUCUUCAGCGAGGACGGCGACGUGCUGCGGGAGGCCUCCAGGCUGGGCUACCUCCUCGCCGGCUCCAUCUUCCUCAACAGCGUCCAGCCGGUGCUCUCGGGCGUGGCCAUCGGGGCGGGCUGGCAGGCGCUCGUGGCCGUCGUCAACAUCGGCAGCUACUACUUCGUCGGCAUCCCGCUCGCGGCGCUCUUCGGCUUCAAGCUAGGCAUGGACGCGAUGGGGAUCUGGCUGGGCAUGACGCUCGGGACUCUGCUUCAGACGGCUAUCCUCGUGUUCAUCUCGUACAGGACCAAGUGGGAGAAACAGGCUAUGCGGGCCGAAGAAAGGGUCAGGGAGUGGGGAGGGAGGGCCGACGCCCUGCCGUCGGCCACGCAGGUCGCGCCGGCGGCCGAAGAUGCGGGUCCACCAUCAAAUGCGAGUGCGACCUAAGUUCUAAGGUCGUUUAGGAUUAAUUAAUGGCAGUGUUAUGUGUAGGCAUCAAGACUUUGCUGCAGCAACAGCCCGAACAUCGCCACAGCGGACCGGACCCAUGUGUACAGAUUGAUCGA